AUAGUACCUUGUGAAGCAAUCAAUGGCUCUUUUGGUUUUCUUUGUUUUGGUGUUUGCUGGGCAACUGAUUGGUGGAUUCAGUACCCAAAGGUUGCCACCAUCAGAAAAUGGAAACAUUAUAACUAUUCUGAGCAUUGAUGGUGGUGGUAUCAAGGGAAUUCUUCCAGCAACAGUUCUUCAUCACUUAGACACGACUCUUAAGACUAAGGAUCCAAAUGCAGAUUUAGCACAUUAUUUUGAUGUGAUAGGAGGAACUAGCACUGGUGGAAUCAUGGCAGCUAUGUUAGCCGCCCCAAGUUCUCAUGAUCCCAAUCGUGCUGCCUUUACUCCUGGACAAAUUGUAGACUUCUACAAACAAAAUGGCCCUCAUAUAUUCAAUGCAUCUACUGGCACUCUAUUCGGUCCCCAAUUCGAUGGAGAGUUUUUACAUUACAUAACUCGUAAAGUGUUGAAGAAUACACGACUUAGUCAAACAUUGACCAAUGUUGUCAUCCCAAGUUUCGACAUCAAGACACAAAAGCCGGUUAUAUUCUCAAGCUAUAAGCUUGGGAAUGCUCCGUACUUAAAUGCGUUGUUGUCGGAUAUAGCCUUAUCGACUUCAGCUGCACCGAUUAUUCUACCACCUUACUAUUUUGAGAACGAGGGUGUUGAGUUCAAUAUGAUUGAUGGUGCUGUAGAAGCUGGGAAUCCGACACAAGUAACAAUAAGUGAAGUGCUACAACACAAUUCAUAUCCGAAAAUCUUGGUGUUGUCUGUGGGAACUGGAGUAGAAAAAGUUACGGAGACCUAUACUGCUCAGGAGACUGCCCAUUGGCCAGGCGCGUGUUGGGUAUUUCCUUUGAUUGCUUUCCGUGGUCGUGGUUCUGCAGCCAUGGAUGAAUACCACGUUCAAUCAUUCUUCAAUGGCUCCCAACCUAGUUCCCAACCUAGUUAUCAAUACCUUCGAAUUGAGGAACACGACUUGAAUCCUGCUUUCGCCAAUCUAGUUAAUGUUACACCAGAAAGCAUGCAAGGCCUUGAAGACACCGGAAAACAAUUGUUACAUGAAAAUGUUUUAAAGUUGAAUUUUGAUACUUUUGAUCUUUAUAAACUUAAUCUGAAAAAUUACGAGGCUCUUGACAGGAUUGCUGAUAUUUUGGUUGGAGAGAGACAAAGUCGUCUGGAACGGAAAUCUAUGGAAAAGAGAGGAAGACCACUUCUUGAAAAUCUUAGGGUUUUUUCUGAGAAAACUGAAGCAAGUGUGACACUCCUAAAGAACCUUUUUAUAUAAUGUGAAUUGUAUGAUCUUGUAAUAACUGGUUGUACUAUAUAGAAUAAGGAAGGCAUGUGAGUUCUAUGUAACUCGUGUGGCUGCCAAGUAUCUCUGUUUAAGAAAAGGUUCACAGUCCAUGAGAGUUCUAUGCAGCUCUUGUUGAAAGAACUGUGAAUGUAAUAAAUGUCAAUGUAUAAUUAAUGUCAAU